CCCUUUAAUUUGUCUCGAAGUUCUUUUUCUUUUUUAUUAAAUGGAAGCCUCAACACCAUUCCCACCAGCAAAAUCUCCCAAAACCCUCUUCCCAACACCAUAACCAAACACUCUCCCAAACACCUCCCCAGAAACAUCAGAAACAAGAUUCAUAAUCAUUAGCCAUGGAGAACUCGAUCCAAGUGCAUGAUCAAGACCACAAAUCAAAGACAAGCAAGCGAUAUUUGCCCCUUUUGGUGGUGAAUUACCUCCUCCUUUUUGUGGGUUCGGUUUCUUCUUCCCUGCUCUCCAAGUUCUAUUUCAACCACAAGGGCUCAAGCAGAUGGCUCUCCACAUGGGUUCAAUCCGCUGGGUUUCCUCUCCUUCUCUUUACCAUUUAUCUCCCUUAUCUCCUCAAAUGCACUGAGAGACGACCCUUCACUUGCUUCACUCCAAAGAUCUUGAUCUUGUCAAUCUUCAUAGGCCUCAUGUUAGGCCUAAACAAUCUCCUCUUCUCCUGGGGAAAUUCUUAUCUACCCGUCUCUACCUCAUCUCUCAUAUUAUCCUCCCAGUUGGUUUUCAAUCUCAUAUUUUCCUUUAUCAUUGUCAAGCAAAAGAUCACAUUCUCGAAUCUCAACUCUGUGCUUCUCUUAACCCUGAGCUCUGUGCUCUUAGCCUUGGAUUCCAGACACGACAGAUCAAACGGCUUAACCCAUGCCAAAUAUUUCAUAGGCUUCUUUUGCACAAUAGGUGCCGGUUUGCUGUUUGCUCUCUAUCUUCCCGUCAUGGAGAUGAUCUACAAGAAAGUUUACUGCUACCAGAUGGUGAUGGAAAUGCAGCUCGUGAUGGAGGUCGCUGCCACGGCAUUGGCGAGCACUGGGAUGGCGUUGGACGGCGGAUUCUCCGAAAUGAAGACAGAAAGCCAAAGGGUAUUCGACAAAGGGCCAACCGCGUACUGGGUGACGGUGUUUUUCAACGUACUGACAUGGCAGCUGUGCUUUCUGGGCACAGCAGGGAUGGUUUUCUUGACAUCUUCAUUAACCGGAGGAAUCUGCAUGACAGCCUUGCUGGCCACGAACGUGCUGGGAGGAGUUUUGGUGUAUGGAGAUGAGUUUGGAGGCGUAAAGGCGGUGUCGACAGUGCUGUGUUGUUGGGGGUUUUGUUCAUAUGUGUAUGGUUUGUACGUGAAGACGAAGGAGGAGAAAAGAGAGGAGGAGAAAACCAAUCAAAGGAUGGAGAUGGUUCAUAGGGUUAAUGAUAGCGUUUGAUUCUAAAUAAGACAUGAUCGGAGAUGAUGAUGAUGAUGAUGAUGGUGAUGAUGAAGAGGAGGGCCUAAGGACUCAAGCUAGAAAUUAAGAUAGGGCUCAGGCCACUUUCCGAGUUUUAUCUCCUAGCUAGCUUAGCUUGUAAUAUCAAAUUUAAUAAAGGAUUUGAAAGCAUGAUAAACUAUGUUAUCAUUAUUAUAGUUAUCAGUAUCAAUAUCAUCAUCAUCCAAUUAACAGUGU